AUGACCAACAAUAUCGACUUUGUGUCAGCUAUCCAUUGUGGCCAUUCAGAAUCAAAGUUAACUAGAUCAAAUUCUGACGCACCUUUCAAAUCGAUACGCAGAGUUCGUUUUCCUGAAGAUGACAAACUUAUAUCAGAUUAUUUAGAACCAUUCCGAUUAAUUCCAGAUAAUUGUUCAAGUGAAGAACUUCAGGCGGCGUACUUUUCUUCUUGUUUUGAGCAUAGAAUAACUCCCAUUAAUUUUUUGUUAGAACAAAUAAAGGGAAUCGAUUUAUCGAUUUGUAAUGAACGUUACAGUCGUCUAAGCCUAAGAGGUAUUCGAUUGAAUCGAUUUCAUAUUGAAUCAAUGGAGGCAAUAUUUCAGCGUGCACAUUUUAGAGUAAUUGAUCUAGAAAAUACAUUUUUAGACGAACAGUCUGCUUCGUCACUGUUUGAUAUGUUACUGCAUUAUGAAAGUUGUACAGAUCUAAGUAUAAGUUUAAAUUUAAACAAAACUCUUCCUAGUCAAGCUUGGAGUCGUUGUGUUAAUUUCAUGCGAAAGUCAUCUGCUCUACGUCGAUUCACACUGAGUCAUACUCCAUUACGCUUAGAAAAUUUUCAUGGUCUAAGUUUCUAUGGUCUAUGCUUGGAACGUUUACAUUUUAUUGAUUGUAAUUUAACCGGUCAAGCAUUAUAUGGACUUAUGCAAUGGUUGUACAUCCUUUGA